ACUAUCAGUAGGUUGCAGCAGUCGGAGCCGCGCAGGCGCAGUGAGCUUGCGGGCGCAGCUUCGCCGUGGUUUCGGUUGAGCAUUCUUGGCAACGUCUCUCUCGGUGAACAGGCUGCCGACCAUCGGCUGUUUCCACAAUGUCUGGAGAAUUAUUUUAACGGAGUAGGAGCCGAGAGGAGUCGCCGGAGCAGCGUUAGGUAGCUCACUCUAUCCCGGCAUCUCCAAGUAUUCUGUGGGACUUGAAAUUGCUCCCCUCGGCUGGUGUUGGCAGACACAGGGAGAACGAGGGAGGAGGAGGAGGGGGAGGCCGGAGCGAUUAUGAGACUUGGGGUGUGCUUUAACCCACUUACCACACCAUCUCAGAGUCUCCUGCCAAAACGAUUAAAAUACUGAGCCUCAUCUGCCUGCACGGUGACAUCAAACCUCACCACACCUGCUUCGCCUGCACAGCUGGAGGCAAAAAAGAUCUGCGUUAGACUGAAAAAGUCCCGAGAUAAGAAGAGCAGAGUUAACCCUGAUCCAGAGUGGUCCAUCAUGGACCAGUGAAGUCUUUCCCACCCUGCCUGUUAAAAGCAAUGUUUUUGGGAGCUGGAGGCCGUAACGCCAUUAGCAGAGUGUGUGUGGGGCCAUUACACUCCCUCUUCCCCACCACCCCUCCUGACAUGGGAUGCCAACCCCCUGCCCACCUGCCCUAAGCUCUCCUGGGGUGCCAUGAACAGCUACAGAGACAGAGGGGUAACUUGCACCUCCUCAGACCUUCUGGAUGGAGGAGGAGGAGGGUUGCCACCGCACGCUUCUUUUCGUCACACCCCCAAUGGCCACCCGGCCCCCGGGCACCCAGAGCUGGCCAACCAACCACGGAACUCUGUGCCCAAAAUGGGUGUUCGAGCGCGGAUUGCAGAAUGGCCCCCACGCCGUGCACAGUCCCGGGAGUCACUGCUAGAAAAUGGGCAAAUUGGCAGCAAUCACUACACAGAUGACUGCUCCACAUCCGUUUCAUCAUCGGUUUUGUCAUCUGACGUCAGGUUGGUGCGGGGAGGAGUUGCCAGGUUGCCAAGACGACGGUCCAAGGAUGUAGAGUUCAGAGGAGGAGGGUUUGAAAGAAGUUCACCUUUCAGCCUAAGAGUGUUCCCACCUUUGAGACAGCGAUCCAACAGUGAAGUGACACUGAGUGAGCAGGAUGAAAACGAGGUGGAGGCUCGUGGAGGUGGCUCAAUGGGGAACCGGUUCCGAGAGUAUGGCAGCACCUCUUCCAUCGACAUCCAGGGCAUUCCUGAGCAGAGCUUCUUCGACAUGCUCAGCCAGUUCCACCAGGAGAGGCCUGACCAGCGCAGCUCAGCACCUAUACACCUCGGGGAGCUGCUGCGGGCUCCAGACUCACCACCAAGCGCACCUCUGCCCUCUGCUCCCUCCCCUGGUCUAACAGGUGGGGAUGACAGAGGAAGGAAGGAUGGCGAGAGAGUGAGGAAGAAAAGUGGAGGGACAGAGUCGUCAUUGGGUACCUCCUCUUUGUUCCGGAAACUUCGAAGCUCGAGUAGAGGGGAGCUGGAUGGAGGAAAAGGAGAGACUAUAGAGGACAGGGGAGGGCGAGGUUUAACAGAUUCCUCCUACAAACCGUGGGUGUGUCCCAAGAGCUUUGUUCACUUUGAUGCUCAGAGCAUCCUGUUUGACCUCCAUGAAGCAGCGGCUCAGCGUGGCUUUGUCGCCCAGAGGAGGAACACAGCCACGGGGGCAUCAGCUGCUUCAGUGUCCCUGUCCAUCUCCAGAUCCUCAGCUCCCAGUGUCAAUGACCCCAUUUAUUCCAGCAUUGAGGAUCUGACCAUGAGCCUGGACCAGGGCUCCACAACACCCUCCCUGGUCAUGGACCCGCUGGAUGGACCUGGAGCCCACAGCUCGAGCCCACUGCUCCUCUGCUGCCCCCAUUUCCUCAAUGAGACUGGGGGCCAUGGGGAGCGCAACAUCAGCUUCCUCAGCUCUUCAGCGGAGAAAGGAGGAGAUGGAGGAGGAGAAGGAGGGAGGGGGUGGCUGAGGAAGAGUAAUGCCAGCGUGUCGGUGCUGGAGGUGCCUGUUGAACAGCAGGUUACAAGAUUGGAGAGACUGAAACUGUACAGCAUAGAGCAUGUAGACUUGGGGGCCAGAUACUACAGAGACUACUUCCAUGGGAAAGAGCACUCAAACUACUUUGGGACAGAUGAUAAGCUGGGCCCUGUGGCAGUGAGCAUCCGCAGAGAGAAAGUGGAAGACACCAAAGACCUGAAAGAUCAGUACCAGUACCGCCUCAUCGUCAGGACAAGCGAGCUUGUGACCCUGCGAGGCUCCAUCUUAGAAGAUGCGGUGGCGUCCACGGGGAAACACGGCACGGUUCGAGGUCUGCCGCUCAAAGAAGUCCUGGAACAGGUCGUCCCCGAGCUCAACGUGUCCUGUUUGAGACUGGCACUCAGCACAGCCAAAGUCACGGAGCAGCUCCUAAAACUGGAUGAACAGGGACUAAGUCAGAAGCACAAGGUGGGUGUUCUGUUGUGCCGUGCAGGCCAGAGCACAGAGGAAGAGAUGUACAACAACGAGGAGGCGUCGCCCGCCUUCUCUGCCUUCCUGGAGCUGCUGGGGGAACAGGUGCUCCUCAAAGGAUUCACCAAAUACGCUGCACAGCUCGACACAAAGACGGACUCGACAGGCACCCACUCUCUGUACACCACCUACCAGGGCUACGAGGUCAUGUUCCACGUGUCCACCAUGCUACCCUACAUGCCCAACAACCCACAGCAGCUCCUCAGAAAGAGGCACAUAGGGAACGACAUUGUCACCAUAAUCUUUCAGGAGCCGGGAGCGCUGCCUUUCACCCCUCAAAAUAUUCGUUCACACUUCCAACAUGUCUUUGUUAUUGUCCGUGUACACAACCCCUGCUCUGACAACACCAGUUACAGUGUUGCUGUGACACGAAUGAAGGAUGUACCCCCCUUUGGACCACCCAUUCCCAGCGGCGUCACCUUCCGUGACCCAGAGACCUUUCGUAACUUCCUUCUGGCCAAAAUUAUCAAUGCAGAAAGCGCAGCACACAAGUCGGAGAAGUUCCACACCAUGGCGACACGGACACGUCAAGAGUACCUGCGUGACCUGGCUGAGAACUACGUCAGCAGCACACCGCUCGACUCAGCUGGCAAACUGAACAACCUCAUCUCUCUUGCGUCUAAGAAACGCGAGCGCUCCAAGGCCAGAGAGGGAGCAGAGCUGGGAGCUGCAGGGGCAGUUGCCUGGAGAGUGCAGGCCCAGGACUUUAGUGGAGGAGGAACGGAGCUCCCCUGUGCCUUGGGUUUGUCAGCUGAAUACGUCCUCCUCACAGACUGUUCCACCAAAGAGGUGGUUUUUAACUGUUUCUGUGCGGACGUGAUCGGCUGGACACCAGAGCGACUGGCGCUCAAGAUCUUCUACGGUAGAGGAGACCACAUCGCCGUACGAGUGCCGGAGGGCUGUGCACAGGACAUCAGGGAGAUGGUUCAAAGGUUGAAGUCACUGACAGUGGGAUGUGAGACAGUAGAUAUGACACUGAGAAGAAACGGACUGGGACAACUGGGCUUCCAUGUUCGCCUGGACGGCACUGUGGCCGAGGUGGAGGAGUAUGGCUUUGCUUGGCAGGCGGGCCUGAGGCAGGGCAGCCGCUUAGUGGAAAUCUGCAAGGUGGCCGCAGUGACGCUUACUCACGAGCAGAUGAUUGACCUGCUGAGGACGUCGGUCACGGUCAAAGUGGUCAUCAUUCCUCCGUACGAGGAGGGCGGACCUCGCAGGGGCUGCACAGAGGAGUACGAGAUGAAGACCAUGGAGCAGAAGCCAGAACCUGAGCCUCUGGCAGCAGGAUACCGACCUUCCCCUCGCCAAAUGUGGAGAUGGGAAAGCUCGCCCAUUCCUCCAGGGCUCCACAGCGCCCCCAACCCGCAGCGUUGGGCACCCAUGGGCCCCCCACCUCCUCCACUGCCCCGCUCACACAAGGCCCUGAUGCCGGUUCCCUACAGAGAGCCUCAGCACCUCAACUCCAAGAGACCGGUGAGCUACCCAGAGAACCACUACAGUCUGUCCCCUGCAGGGGGCGAGAGAGUUCUGCCCUACAGAAACCCCUCUGCCAGCUUCUCCUCGCCCUCCUCAGGCCUGGUCGGUCUCUCCACAAUGGGGCCGCCUGGAAUCACACCAGGGCCCUUUGUACGCUACAAACCUUCACCCGACAGAUAUGGAACAGGACAGCGCCCCCUGCUGCCGUAUGAACCCCACCUCAGUGUGGACGUCACCUCCAGUGGAGAGUCUUCCUCGGGCUUCACAAGCCAGGAAAGCACCAUGGAGCGUGGCAAAACAGAACCCCUCUGGCAUGUCCCGGCGUCGUCGUCUCGGGGACCAGGUGGUGGAGGGGGGCAGCGGAGAAUAACCAGACAGGAUGUCCCAGGGAAAGACUCUCCAAACAGACACUCGAAGGGUGAGACUCAGUACUCCAGCCACUCCAGCAGUAACACUCUGUCCAGUAACGCCUCCAGCAGCCACAGCGACGAGCGCUGGUUCGACGGAGCAGCUGGAGGAGAGCGAGGAGGCGGAGGUUGCCUCGGUGACCCGGCCGAUACUGACCCCGACCUCCUCAACAAGGGAGGGUCCAAUGACAGCGGCAUCGACGCCUCGACCCACUACAACAACACUCGCCACGGAAACAUGUCUAACAGCCACAAACCAAUGCACUGCUCUGCGACCUACAGCGGCAUCCAGGAGCUGUCGGUGGGAAGGAACAGCGGUGGAGGAGAGGCGAGGAGACGAGAAUCUUCACCCAUCAUACCAGCUGCAUCCAAUCAGAACAAAGGAUACCGGACGAGGACAUUCCCGCCUCCUGGCUCCAGUGCUGAUAAGAUGGAUGCUUUCAAACCCAGGGCCUACACACCACAGGGUUACAAGACUCCAACAGCAGAAAAGGCGCGACCUGUCCGAGCCGCUACCACAACGCCAACUUCAGCUCAGUUAAGCUCCACCCCUCUGUCAAGCUCCGCCCCAAAGGCCUUAUAUGGAAAGAGCCGACAAACUGCCUGGCAGAGAGAAGAAACCUGCCCGUCACCUUCAAACACAACAACAGCAUCCAACUCUGACAGCACCAACAGCAAGAAGCAGGUGGAUACAAAUUCAAAGAACGUGUUUGGACAGCCUCGUCUCCGAGCAUCACUGAGGGACCUGCGAUCUCCACGACGAACGUACAAGAGCACCAUCGAAGACGACCUGAAGAAACUGAUCAUCAUGGACAACCCAGGAGAGACGCCACAAAGAGAUCCAUCUCCUAGACGGACAUUGCAGCGCACCUUUUCAGAUGAAUCCCUGUGCAGCGGCCGCAGAGACUCCAGCUUUGCCAACUCGGAGAGCCAGACCACCCCCACAGACAUGCUGUUCACCUGCACGCUGCCCACUCGCAGACACAUCUCCUCCAACCACAUGCAGGGCAAGAAGGUGCCUCUGUCUGCAUCAGAGCUGUCUCUUACAGAAGUGAGAGACAAAGUUCCCCCUCUGAGGAGGCUCGAUCCCGGCCUGAUGCCCCUCCCUGACACCGCCUGUGGACUGGAGUGGUCCAGCCUGGUCAACGCUGCUAAAGCCUACGAAGCACAAAGAGCAGUUUCCCUCUUCUCGCUGACGGAGCCGCAGGUUGGAGGUCCGGACAUGAGACCAGUCAUCAGUCCAGUCCAGUUUCAGACUCCUCAGACGCCGCGGACCACACCCACCUUCAGCGGAGACGAGGUGCCCAACGAUUUGUCUGGUCGACUCUACCACCUGGAAGUGAUGUUAAAACAGCUCAACAAUGAUCUGGAGAGAGAGAAGAAGGAUAAAGUGGUUCUGCUGGCGGAGAUGGCCAACCUGAGAGAGAACAACCAGCGCCUGCAGGAGGAGAGCCAGACGGCCAGCGAGCAGCUGCGUAAGUUCAGCAUGCUCUUCACAAACCUCGACAAAACGGCCAGCGACCACGAGGGCCACUACGUAACGCAUGAAGCUGACUCACAGAGGGAGUGAUCGACGGCUGCAGAAGAAGAGCGUGAGAUUCAGGCCAGAGGGGAGGGACAGAGUGAGAGUACCCAUGACUCCUUGCACUCGCUGGAGCGGCAGAGGACACGGCGAUGUCUGCCUCAGCUUCCACUGGACGGCCUUAAACCAGAGACGACGACAAAAGGACGAUCUGGAUUUUAAAAUUGUAACACUCGGAGAGCCUGCAGAGACCCUCCCUCUCUACACCCUGAGCCUGUUUAUUUUUCUAAACUGAUGUGAAGACGUCUUACGUCCGUGUUAUUUACAUAAAUCUAGAAAUACAUAAUGCUACUAUGCCAGAGGAGCGAGCAGGAGAGGAGAUCCUGACUGUUUUAGAGAACACUACAUCACCUGGAGAGGCCUAAUACUGUUCCUGCAGCCAAUCAGCCAAAAAGACACUCAUUAGACUGCAUCUCCCAGAAUGCACUAGAAGUAAUGGAAGCUCUACAGACAUGGUACUGUUGGUUGAUGCCUGUGUGGUACAAUUCUCAUGUAUCAAUAUUCUCAACAUUGUACUGAUAUUAUGUAACAGUCGUACUAAAGAGGUGUGAGUGUGUGUAACUGGUGGUACAAUACUCAGAAACGUUGGGGCACAACGGCGCCUGUGCUCGAGGAAGAUGCGUUUUAUUCCUUCGGUGUGAGUGUUAGAGUGUUAUGUGUCUGUUAAAGGACAACUGAGUGAUGAACAAACUUGUUUACUGUAAUAUGAAACUCGUGGGCCACAAUAUUUUUCUGUCCGUGUUUACAUGGAUAAACUGCGGCCCACAGAUGUGAAACAAGCCAUCAGCGUGUCGAGUAAAUGGUCGAUGUCACAAAGCUCAGCGAUCACAGCAGCAUCAUAUCUCUGACAUAGUGACCUGUUUUGAUUUAAUGUCCACUGUUCUCAGCAAUGCCCUGUCAUCUCAGAUCAAACUGGAUCAUUAUUUUAACCUUGAAGUUUUUGUUUGUGGUGCAGCAUUUUGAGAAUUACGCUUUCUGGAGGCGCAUCAGAUGAGAAGACUGAUGACUAUAGAAGCACUUUGCAUUCCUUAUUUUUAAGUAUGUCUUACUAUAAAAUACUAGAAUAUAAUUAUAUCUCAUAAUUGUGAGAGAAAAAGUAGUUGUCAAUCAUCACUGUACUUGAAAGGACCGGGGUGAUGGUGCUAAAUGAUUUAAUGUAAUUAUUAUGAGCUGGAAUAUCAAAAUUAUGUGUAUUUAAAAAAAAAAAAAAGUUACUUCUGUGAGCAGAUGUGAACUCUUAAAUGAGAAGCGUAAUCUCGCCAUGGAUGCUGAAAGUUGUGGUGUGAGCUGCAACACGAGUCCCAUUUUAGCAUAUAUUUGUUUACAUAUUUAAAAUGAAGUACACCAAGCUAACUAUUCACAGUUUAUCCUGCAGUUUAAUGCACUGACAGCCACUGAAUUACUGUGAUGAUGAAGAAAUGUUAAAAACCAGAUGAUUCUCAGGCGAGCUCUGACGCAUUCCAAUUCAUCCCCCGUAAGCUUUUUUUUUUUUUUGCACAUUGUGAGAUAAUUUAACAUUAUGAGUUAAAGUGUUAUAGUUCUUUUUCUUUUAUCAAUGCAACAUGCUUCCAUAGUUUUCACUCACUUUAAUGUCUUUCUGUUAAUAAUAAGAGCCUGAGCGAUGCAUCAUAUUAUCUGCAUAUACACACCAAAAGAUGCUUGAGGUCAUUUAGAAAUAGCAUCAUAACACAGUUUGUCCAGCAGAACAGCUGCAUCUGUUUUUUUGUAACACACUCAGCAGUGUGUGCAGCACAUGUAGCAGAGCAGGUACAGCAGCUGAGCAGACUUUGGUGCGGAGUCAAGUCGUGUGUUCACAGUAAGCUGCUAACCAGUUUGAGAAAUACGUGGCUGGAAAGUUAUUCAACCAUGCCGACAUAAUGUCCCUUCUUAAUAUUCCGCAUAUGAAAAUAUAUAUAUAUAUAUAUAUAUAUAUAUAUAUAUAUAUAUAUAUAUAUAUAUAUAUCAGCGUUUUCUACACUGCCGAAGUCUUGCAUUGUCCGUUGCUCUAGAGAUGAGGCUACAAACAGGAAAUGGUUAUCAGUUUGGUUAGCUAAAGUAGCAAAAACUGUCUGCUGGCACCUCAAGGUUCCUGUUUAACACUAUAUCUACAAACUGAAUUAAAAACACAACAGUUCAUCACUUUAUUUACUGAUAACCUUUGGCUACUAGCUUCCUGGAGUUGUUGCUGGUUGCCUGAUCAGCUUUUGUUAAGAUCUGUAACAUUCUCAUGAGCUGGAUUUUAAACACCAAACAUGGUGCGCUGAACAUAUUCAUCUCUAAAAAUAAAGGGUGCUCGCUGCUCAGUAGAAUUUGUAACACUAGACACAAAAAGCAGCAUCAAUCUUCUCAUCUGCUCUCAGCUAAUAAGCGUAAUUCCUCAAAAUGUGAAGCUAAAUCUGUAUUUCUACUCCAAAUGAAGCUGUCAGCUGUAACGUGUGCUUAAAGGAAACAUACUGUACAUGAACGUCUCUCAGCGACACUGAAGCUCCUUCUUAUCAGAACCGGUCUGUUUGUGUGUGUGAGAGGAUUUGUCCCUGUGUUCUGUGAUAAAUGACCACAGGAGACACUAUUUAUACUGCUAGCUUGCUUAACGACGUUGUCUACUAUAUCUAUUUUUCAUACAGAAGUGUGCUGUUUGAAUGCUGGUACUGAACGGACAGUACAUCCCUGCAGAGGAUCAAUUUUCCCGUUCCAGUUUCUGAUAAAGCUACUCGUUGAUCAUCUCGCUUUGCUCUGUAUGAAGGUUUCCUCUUUAAUCCGACUGGAUCCGGUUGUUUAAACUUUCCAACCCACUCAGGUUCUUCAAGAUGCUGUUAAUGACACUAAAUCUGAUCAGAUGGGGGCGGCUGAAGGGAGUUGAAUCCCUGCUGUUUGUACCACUUCUGGCAUCCCUUUAAUAUUUCUGGGUGUGUUUUGGUCAGCAGGAUUGGUGUUUAAUUUGCUGGAUAAGCCAAAAACAGACUGUUCUGAUUGAGAAGUUUGUUAAUCGUUUCUCAACUGCUUUUGACUCUCUGGACAUGCUGUGAUAAAGGACUUUCCUCCAUGUUCCUACUAUGGGAAACACUUCUUUUUCACUAAGAGGACACCAGUGUCGUAUUCUGACUCGGAGCUGAACAAAAAAACUUCUGCUUCAACACCAGCUUCCUUUAACCCUCUACGGCUAAUUCCACAGCUUCAAGACGGACUGUUUUCAUCCCGGUGACUGUGGGUUCAGACUUGACUUUACUUCACGAGGUUGUCAUCAGCUUCUUCCCUUCAUAUAUAGCUGCCACGUUUAACAACCAAGUCGACACACUCCUGUUAUUCCUCCAACUGGAAAUCCUUCGUUCACGCAGCUUCGCAGGUGGAGCUGUGAUUUUACUAUCGUCAUAUCGUCUUAAUCUUUAGUUUGCUUAUGUUAAAGGGGCAAGGUUUCUUUUUAUAUAUAUAAAUCUUGUUCAUGUUAUGUAUAAUUUUAAGCUAUUUAUAGCAUACAUGGCGCCCCCUGUUGAACAAAUCAAUAAUGCAUUAAUAAUGGUAAUAUUGUAUGACUAGUUUUGUUUUUUUUUAGAUGUUAAAUAUUUUUAUAAUUUAUUUUUUAACCUGUUGGCCACUGUUGCAGACAUUAGUGAAGAAGAGAGGGUACUGUGUUUUAUUUGUGAUUUCUGUACAAAACUGAUUUCUAUGAUUCUUUUUCUUUUUUUUCGGGUUCACGUUUCGUCUUCGUGCGUCGGUGCUUUCUGCAUGCGGCAGGGGUACGCGAAGCUACGGCGAAAAAGUUUGGUUUUCUUUGCGUUGUAAUAAUAACUUGUACAUUUAAAAGUGUAAAUUAUGUUUUCAUUAUUUUAUAAAAAAAAUAUAUUAAAAAUAAGUAUCAAAACGUG